AUGGGUGGACUAACAUACGGCACAUAUGGUGCCGGCGGUGCCCUGACCGUGAUUGGGCUCUACAUGCUCUUCAAUGGCGAAGGUGAAGCAUUCAAUGUCGGAGCUUUCCUUGAAGCAAUUUCACCAUAUGCCUGGGCGACCACCGGAAUCGCGCUAUGUAUUGGACUAUCAGUCGUGGGAGCUGCAUGGGGCAUCUUCAUCACCGGCACAUCAAUUCUGGGAGGUGGUGUCAAAGCCCCUCGAAUUCGGACCAAGAACUUGAUUUCCAUCAUUUUCUGCGAGGUUGUCGCCAUCUACGGUGUCAUCAUGAGCAUUGUCUUUUCAGCAAAGAUCUCUGUUGCCGGAGCCGACGCGAUCCACAACGCCUCGAACUACUACACUGGUUACGCGCUUUUCUGGAGUGGCUUUUUGGUCGGAUUUUGCAAUUUGGUGUGCGGAAUAAGCGUGGGAAUCAACGGUUCCAGUGCGGCUCUAGCGGACGCGGCAGAUCCGAGCUUAUUCGUCAAGGUCCUCGUCAUCGAGAUCUUCUCAUCAGUGCUGGGUCUCUUCGGCCUCAUCAUCGGACUGCUGCUCAGCGGCCCUGCGAAAGACUUCGAAUGA